AUGAUGAAUGACGACGCUCACCCCCCGUCGGCGCAGUCGGUGCAAACUCAAAAGUUCCUGCGCUACAGAUCUGUCCGCCAGUCCGCUGUGAGAGACCCUGCGCCGACGCACGAUCCUGCUCCUCCCUUGCCGCAGACGUCACAGGCCUCGUUGACGCGUCUCCCUUCAAGAUACCACCGGCGACCGCCGGCGAUUCAGAGUGCGCUACUCCCGAACGAACCGCCCCUACCUACGACCCUCCACACCGCGACGGUCUCGAGGCCCCGAGGCCAGACGUUCAAUGGCGCAACUGAACAACAGUAUGGACAGGACACACGGGUAGAAGACGGUGCGCGCCGCAUGGUUAUUCAACACAGUGACUUGCGACCGACGACGAGGCCGACCACCAGCAAGAGCACGCCGCGCAAGCAGACGUUGACCUCUAGUUUCACAGAGCCUUCGCCGGAGCAGCUGCGCAGUUCUCUCGAGAUUGCGCGCGAAGAGGCGCGUUUGCUGUUGGAAGGGGAACAGGACCGAGUCAGGGCACUGCGGCGACAGCAAGAGCGGGAAAAGCGCCGGAGGCAUGAAGAAAAGUUGGCACAAGAAGCGCGUCAACGAGAAGCCGAGGAAACCGAGGAAGCUGCACGAGAAGAAGCCAGGAAGAGAUCGGAGCGGACCCCAUCGGAAGACGCUCAGUGGCGUGGGCGAGACGUUGAUGAACAACAUGCAGCUAUCGCCCCCCCAACCUCAGCGGAUGCUAUUGACUCGAACAAGUCGAGAACGCGGACGAUGAUCAUCGGCGGGCAGCCCCCUCCCAGUAAAGAGGAUAAACGUGCACAUCACCGCCGUGCGUCCUCGGCGAUUGAGCAACUGCGACAGAAGCCCAAGCAGAGCCAUACCAGAACCAGCAGCACUGGUAAGAACGACGCAAAGCCCACCAACGAAGCAGGGAUCCCGAAACCCAACUUCGAUGCCCCAGUAUCGGCGGUAAAUGCUGGGGAACGAAGGGUCAGCGUCAAAUGUAAGGAAGCGUUCAUUACUCUCCCUGUUACACCCUCCACAACAUCCAAGGAUAUCCUGAAUUCGGCCUCCGUCUGCAUGUCCAAGCCGAUUGACCCUCGAACCGCCGUCCUGCUGGAGUCCUUCUCGCAGCUGGGGCUCGAGCGACCACUCCGGCGGUAUGAGCGGAUCCGUGACGUGAUGAACUCCUGGGACAAGGACACACAAAACCAUCUUUUCAUCAUGACCGAAGGCGAAUGUGCAGCGCCGGGCCUGCAAAUCGCCGACGCUCCCAGCCAGCAACCUUCCGGGACUGUCGUCCACAUCUACCAUUCGCAGAAGCCCGGAAAAUGGGACAAACGCUGGCUGAGACUCCGCGAGGACGGCCAAAUCACCACGUCCAAGAACGAAAAUGGCAUCGAUGCCACCAACAUCUGCCACCUGUCCGACUUCGACCUGUACACGCCCACAGCGCGACAAGUCAAGAAGCUCAAGCCGCCCAAGAAGCUGUGCUUCGCCUUGAAGAGUCAGGAGAAAUCGGCCAUGUUUCUGGAUGGGGCCAAUUUCGCUCACUUCUUCUGCACCAAGGACAAGACGGUCGCCGACACAUGGUACCGCGCCGUACACUCGUGGCGGAGCUGGUAUCUCGUCAACAUGCUUGGUGCGGGACAACCAAAACCGACGGAUACGGCCGAGACGCUCAGGCAAGAAAGCAGACCCGGGACCCGGGGGUCCAAGGAAUCCCUACCUUAUGUGCUUGGGUCGUUCAAGCCGCUGCUGGAUUUCAGCACCGCUCUCGAGGCAAACAACCGCAAGCCCGAAGCCCCCGAUAGCGGCACACAUCAUCAUCGGGCGUCCCAAUCCGCGGUCGACGACCAGAGGCCGUUGAUCGAUUUCGUGCCGGAGCGACCGAGCAUCGAUGAGAAGGCGGGCAGCCCAAAAUUGUUCACGUCGCGGCUGGCGCCAGCUGCUGCUCCGCCACCCACGUCGUUUCCGCGAAAGUUUAUGAUCGAGUCGGCAACGACGACGACGAACAACGGUGGUCACGCCGCCGCCGAUGACACCUCCAAGGACGGUCCGUUCACGGGGACAGGCCUCCUCGCUCGCAGCGCCAGUCGCCGAUCUCAGGACAGCCAUGGUCAGCGAUCCGGUCGCGGAGGCGCCCCAGGCAAGCCGUUGGUGGACCUCACACCCACGAGCGAGUUCACCGACGGCAGUCUGCUCCGGAAGAUGGAGGCAAUGGCCCCUCCCACACAGGGCGUGCUGGAACCGAAGAUCGACCGGCAGAAGAGGCGCGAGGUCGACGUCGCGGUCGGCGAAGGGUUCUAA